AAAAGGAAGAAAAAUGGAGACAGAGACCAUUUUAAGUCUUAAACAGCAACUCAAGGAAGCAGAGAAUGAGCGGAGGAAGGCGGCGCAAUAUGGCUUGCACUUACUGGAGUCCCAAAGUGAAGUUCAAAAUCAGUUGGAUCAAACACGCCGUGAAUUGACUGAGAAAACUGAGAAAUUUGAACAAGAGAAAUACUCUCUUCAGAGAGAAAUUGAACUCAAGAAUCGAAUGUUGGAAAGCUUGAGUUUUGAAUGUGAUUCCCUUAAGCAACAGCAAAGCAUGCAGCUGGAUAAACAGAAAGAACAGCUUGCCAGAGUCUAUGGACAAGAAAUUGGUGACCUUAAAAACAAGUUGGAGAACCUGAAAGCAGAACUAGAUGAAACCCGACUAUCGGAGAAACAGCUGAGGCAGAAAGUGGAUCAUCAGAAGGAAAUAAUUGCUGCCAAGUCAGAAGAACUGCAUCUGAUGUCUGAACGUGUGCAUGAGACCAUGUCUUCAGAAAUGCUCAAUCUUCAGCUGGAACUCACUGAACUAGAAAGUGUGAAGGCCAAUGUUGAAGAAAAGCUAAAUGAACUGCAGUACAGCAAAGAACAACUAGAACUCGUAAACAGUAACUUACGUAACCAGCUGGAGCGUCUACAGGCAGAAAAAGAAGAGAGGGAAAAAGAAGUUGUUUCUUAUUGUAAUGCUUUAGAGAAAGCUCGCGAAGCUAAUCAGGACCUUCAGGUUCAGCUGGAUCACGCAGUGCAGCAGUCUUUGGACCCUACAAGUAAAGGCAAUUCUCUCUUUGCUGAGGUGGAGGACCGUAGGGCAGAAAUGGAACGACAACUGAUCAGUGUGAAAAUAAAAUAUCAGUCCCUACAAAAACAGCAUGCAUUCACUAGAGAACAAUUGCAGAGAAUGAAGUUGCAGAUGGCGACACUGCUACAGAUGAAAGGCUCUCAGGCAGAGUUUGAGCAGCUGGAACGCUUACAGUCCAUGGUAGAACAAAAGAAUGGUGAGGUCGAAGAUCUUCUUAUGAAAGUGAGACAGCUAGAAAAAUUUAAGACUUUAUAUGAGAAUAUGGAAGAAUCCAGAGCGAGUAGUAGCUCCAAGGGAGGAGAGUGUGAAGAUGGCUACUAUGCAGACUUACUGCAAAUGAAACUUGACAACUCAAACAAGGAAACCGAAACCUUGAAAAAUGAACUAUCCUUACAGAGGAUGAAAGCUCUGUAUGAGAGCCAAAGGGUUCUGGAAGUUGAAAGGAAACUCUUCACCAAAGAGAGGCAUUUGCAGGCUUGUCAGAGUGAGAAUAUGAACUUGCAAGUUAUGCUGGAUGAGCUAAAAAUGAAGUACGAACCUGAAGAACUAUUUAAAGGCACUAAAAUUAAAAAGAAGAGGGACAAGAUUGAGGGUGCUAUGUGUGAAUACUUGGACAGCAAAAAUGCUUCAGUAAAAGAAGCUGCUCUCCCUGAAUUGCCAAGUAAGGAAGAAUCAAAGAUGACUUCCAAGAAAUUGGAGCAGAGUGAUGCUUCUCCAAAAAAAUAUGCUCUUGAAGCACCACCACUCAAUAUAGCUCUUCAAGCAAUGCAAACAGUAGUUGAACCUGAAAGAGAAAGAAAGAGAGUUAAAACUAAGGAUGAGAAUCCCGAUGCCUUUACUUCAUACUUCAGCAGAAGUGGAAUUAGUUCCUUGACUUCAGCUGCCCCCAGGUUAACAGCUGAAUCCAGAUUUGAAACUACAGAAGAAGAUAAGAAAGAAAAUAAUAUCACGCCUGAGAAGAAAACACGAAAGAAAAAAUAUACAACGUUGUAUGUGUCUUCUAAGCCGGCUUCUGAAACACAGUGUGCUCAGCAAUAA